CUGUUGUCACCUGCCGUAGUUAAUUCACACGAAGAAGAAGAAGUAGCAGUACGGACACUGGCUGUAUCCUCAUGGAUUGAUCUGAAGUGAGACUUCUCAUGUCACCGGUUGUAAACGAAGUCUGUGACCAGUCUUCACAAGUUCAUAGGUUCAUUCUAUCUCAAAAGACGAACUUCCUUCUAAACGGGUUGGCGAGAUGGUGCAGCUGCAUGUGAAGCGUGGAGACGAGAGCCAGUUUCUUUACAGCACGACCGUGGACGCGCCUCUGGAGACGGUGAUCCAGGAGGUCACAGCCAUUUACAACGGGAGACUCAAAGUGGACAGAUUAUGUUCAGAGAUCCCAGAGCUGGCAGACCAUGGCAUCACACUGCCGCCCAACAUGCAGGGGCUGACGGAGGAGCAGAUGGUGGAUCUGAGACUUCAGGAUGAAUGGGAAGACAAGUGCGUACCCAGCGGAGGGCCAGUGCUUAAGAAGGAUGAGAUCGGGAGGAGGAAUGGACAUGCUCCGAAUGAUAAAAUGAAAGAGGUGUUGAUGAGGACAGUGGAAGAGGCCAAGGCACUGAUCUCCAAAAAACAGGUUCAAGCUAACGUUUGUGUUACAAUGGAGAUGGUAAAGAAAGCCCUGGAUCAGCUCAGGGGUGCUGUCAUGAUCGUGUAUCCAAUGGGGCUUCCUCCUCACGACCCCAUCAGGAUGGAGUUUGAGGACCGCGAAGACCUCUCGGGAACCCAGGCAUCUCUGCAGGUGAUCGCCGAGGACGAGUGCCAGCUCUGGUGGGCUGCCAAAGAAAUGCAGAGGGGGAAAAAGCUACAGGAAUACAUCGGCAAAAAUGAAAAGACGAAGCUCGUGGUUAAAAUCCAAAAAAAAGGGCAGGGGGCACCAGCGAGAGAGCCGGUGAUCACCGAGGAGCAGCAGAAACAGAUGAUGAUGUAUUACCACAGGAGGCAGGAGGAGCUGAAGAAACUGGAGGAGGCGGAUGACGACAGCCACCUGGACUCAGAGUGGUCGGACAGACAGGCCCUGAGAAAACAGUUUCAAGGCCUCACCAACAUUAAAUGGGGGCCCAGAUGAAGAACCCCAACACCUUGAAGCUGCUGCUCUGUACGUGUUCAGCUAUAUAUGCAACUGACAACGAUGCCUUAUUACAAACCUGAAAUCGCUUCAGCGUCUGUGUUAUCUGAGGUUUGCCUUAGAUUAGGUGUAUUUCCAAAAUGGCAAUGUGAAGAAGACGUGGACUUACUGUACGACAGAACAGGAAAAUGUGUCACAUGGAAGCUGAUGUUGUGAUAAACCUGAUUUAUUCUAACUUAAAUGUGUUCCUUUACCAAGUGUUAACCCUGAUGAAAAGUUAUUUUUAUUGAAGCGAAAACAUUUAAAUAAAAAUGUAAGUUGA